CACUGCGGCGGCCGGCGGGUUGAUCUGUGGGUUGGCGGAGGGCUGCCCCGCAGUGGCGGGGCGGGCGGGCGAGGUUUGUUUCUCGUCGUCGCCGCCGCUGUCUCCUCCUCCUCCUCCCGGCUGCCCCGGUUCCCGGUGCCGCCUCCUCUGCACAAAGCCGGUGUGGGGGCGGGCGGGGCUGCCGCUGGGCGCCGCACCGGCAUGUGAGGGGCGAUGGCGGCGGGCGGCUGAGCAUGGACCCGCUGCCCCGGGCACCGGACCCGGGGGUUACCGAGCCCCCGCGGCCCCGGGACCCGGACCCGGACCCGGAGCCGGGGCUGAGGGCGGCUGAGACCGAGCUCCUGCAGCCCCGGGAACCGGAGCCGGCUGAGACCGAGCUCCUGCAUCCUUGGGGGUCGGAGCCGGGGGCGGCUGAGCCCGAGUCACCGCAUCCCCGGGAACCGGAGCCGGUCCUGGGGGUCACCGAGCUCCUGCAUCCCCGGGAACCGGAGCUGGGAGCGGCUGAGCCCCUGCAUUCCCAGGAACCGGAGCCUGAACCGGGUCUGGAAGCGGCUGAGCCUGACGCUCUGCAUCCGCGGGAACCGGAGCCCGGUUCAGCUGAGCUCGAGCUCCUGCAUCGCCGGGAACCGGAGCCUGAACCGGGGCUGGAAGCGGCUGAGCCUGAGCGCCUGCAUCACCGGGAACCGGAGCUGAGAGUGGCUGAGCCCGAGCCUCUGCAUCCCCGGGAACCGGAGCCUGAACCGGGGCUGCGAGCAGCUGAGCUCGAACUCCUGCAUCCCUGGAUACCGGAGCCUGAACCGGGGCUGGAAGCGGUUGAGCUCGAACUCCUGCAUCCUCAGGUACCGGAGCGCGGUUCGGCUGAGCCCGAGCUCCUGCAUCCCCAGGAGCCGGAGCCAGAGCUCGAGCCACCGCAUCCCCCGGACCCAGAGCCAUUCCUGGGGGUCCCUGAGCCCCCCGCCCCUCCGCCCUGGUCACCCCCAUUCCCCGCCGAGCCCCCAUCCCGGCCCGAGGAGGAAGAGGAGCCGCGCCUCCGCCCAGUCUUCGACGCCUUGGACCGCGAUGGCGAUGGCUUCGUGCGGGUGGAGGAGUUCAUCCAGUUCGCCACAGCCUACGGCGCCGAGCAGGUAAAGGACCUAACAAAGUACCUUGAUCCAAGCGGGCUUGGAGUCAUCAGCUUUGAAGAUUUCCAUCGGGGGAUCAGAGCUAUCAAAAAUGGAGAUCCUGACAGCCAACUGUAUGAUAUGGGAUAUACCCCCGAGGAGGAAGCCCCGACCUGUCCUGAUGAGUUUGAUGACUUCGUCACGUUUGAGGCAAAUGAGGUGACUGACAGCGCUUACAUGGGCUCAGAGAGCACCUACAGCGAGUGCGAAACCUUCACGGAUGAAGACACCAGCACCCUGGUACAUCACGAGAUGCACGACGAAGUAGAAACAGACAGCGCCAUCGACUCCACCGUGCACUCAGAGUUCACAGAUCCCAUCGAGGAGCCUGAGCAUGGAUCCCAUCCGCAUGACCUGCCUCUGGGCUCGGACCUCAGCCACUCCAUCGUUACGGUCAUUAGCGGAGAGGAGCAUUUUGAGGAUUACGGAGAAGGGAAUGAAGCAGAUUUGUUCUCGGACAGCUUGUGUAAUGGGGAAAGCAGCUUUAAUAGCUCCUCGUUCCUCUCUCCCAGCACCAAUCCGCUCGCUGCGAAACUGCACAGCAUUGUUGCAGAUGAAGCAUUUGAGUUUUACUGUAGCCAGUGCCACAAACAAAUCAACCGCCUCGAGGAUCUUUCUGCUCGCCUGAAUGAUCUUGAAAUGAAUAGUCCAAAUAAAAGACUCUCAAGCAAGAAGGUGGCAAGACAGUUGCAUCAGACAAGCACACUGUCCGUGGAGGUGAUGGAAGAGUCUUACCGCGAUACGUUGGAGUGCACAGAAGAGGACAUCACAGACAAGGUGGUCUUUCUGGAGAAGCGGGUGACGGAGCUGGAGAAGGACACGGCCGCUAAUGGUGAGCAGCACAGCCGCCUCAAGCAGGAGAACCUGCAGCUCGUGCACAGGGCAAAUGCUCUCGAGGAACAGCUGAAGGAGCAGGAGCUGAGAGCUGACCAGGCACUGCUGGAGGAGAUCAAGAAGCAGAGGGAGCUGCUGAGCAAAAUGGAGAGAGAGAAGAGCAUUGAGAUUGAGAACCUGCAGGCCAGGCUGCAGCAAUUGGAUGAUGAGAACAGUGAGCUGAGAUCCUGCGUCCCUUGUUUAAAAGCCAACAUUGAAAGACUUGAGGAGGAGAAGCAGAAGCUGCUGGAUGAGAUUGAAGACCUCACUGUGCAGCUCACAGAGGAGCAGGAGAAAAAGAGGAAGAUGGGGGACAAGCUGAGUCAGGAGAGGCACCAAUUCCAGAAGGAGAAGGAGUCAACGCAGGAGCUCAUUGAGGACCUCAGGAAGCAGCUCGAGCACUUGCAGCUCUUCAAACUGGAAGCUGAGCAGCGAAGAGGCAGGAGCAGCAGCAUGGGGCUCCAGGAGUACAACAGCAGGACACGGGAGACGGAGCUGGAGCAAGAGAUCAAGCAGCUCAAGCAGGAUAACAGGAACCUGAAGGAGCAGAACGACGAACUGAAUGGGCAGAUCAUUAACUUGAGCAUCCAGGGAGCCAAGAACCUCUUCUCGGCCUCCUUCUCUGAAUCCCUGGCAGCAGAGAUCAGCUCAGUCUCCAGAGACGAGCUCAUGGAAGCGAUUCAGAAGCAAGAGGAGAUCAACUUUCGCCUGCAGGAUUACAUCGACAGGAUCAUCGUGGCCAUCAUGGAGACGAAUCCCUCCAUCCUGGAAGUCAAGUAGGAGCAGCUGAGAGCCACCGGCUGCGCGCUCAUCGAUGGGUGCGGAUUUGGUGCUCUGAGAGGAUAAAGAGGGACUCAAAGCGUCUUUGCUCUUGAUGAAGGCACAAGGAAGCAUCGCGUCAGACCGGUGGGUGAAUUAGCCAGCGGACCAGGGAAAAAGAAAACCAGCAGCAAGGCUUCGUUGUCUUAAUCUGCUAUUUUGAAACCCUUCUGGUUCUGAGGGGUGAAAGGGAACCUGGAGAAGAAACCCAGGCACCAGACAGCUGGAGGAAGGACCUGCGUCGGCCCUGCUGCCCGUGAAUCUGGGAACUGUUCUGCCAGCGGAGCGCAGGGUGCGAGCAGGAGCUGUAAGGAGAGAGUUUCUCUCAACUGCAGGAUAACGGGACGGAGAAGGAAGCAGCAGAGCUGACGUUUUCCCUUCCUGCCCUGUCCAACCCCAGUAUCUGCUUUGCCAAAGUGUCCCUGACACACUCACUCACUGGGACAGUGCUGGGAAAGAGGGAAACACGUCCCGGACUUGUAGAGGUGUUUUUUUUUUUUUAAUUAACUUAAUGCAAAUGUCCUCAUUCAGCUGGCACAGUUAAUCCUUGCCCUGCCGCUUCUGCUCGGGAAGGGGUUGCGUGCAGAGAGCUCCCUGGCUCCUCUCUCCCUCGCAGAAAGAGGCAGGCGAGCGGCUGCCUUUGGGACAGGGCAUAAGCGCACUUUGUCACCUGCCUCCUUAUUUAUUUUCACUGUCCGUGGCUCACUACCGUCGGCCCCGCCGCCCUCUUCCCUGCUCCCGGUGCUGCCACGGGCUCUGCGGGCGCCUGCUGAGCUCUCAGAGGAGAGGUCGGACCUGGGUGCUGUCUGUCCAGCCUGCAGGGACUGGGGAAAGGCUGCGACUCUUCAACUUGCACUGGAGGCUGGUCCUGGCCACCUCGCCCCAUCCUAGCUUGGCUUGCCUGGCGUGGUGCGGGGGCACAGAGCCGCAGCGGAGAGGGCUGAGCUCUCCACGUCACCUCCCAAGGUCCCUGGCCUGGGGACAGUGUGCCAUUCCCACCCGGAGCAGGGCUCUGCUGGUGAUAGCUGCAGUCCUGGAGGGAGAACCUGCUCCGGCCGCCUUGCCCUGCCUUUUCCCUAGGAAACGGAGCAGCAGCUCUCAGUUCUCAGCCCCCCGGCUGAAAUCUCGGUGCUGUUGGGGAGAGGAGAGCAGAGAAUCCAGCAGCAGCUCCCUGGGAAACAAAAGCCAUGUUUGCACCAGACAGCUUUUGGCUCGCUGGCACAAGCAGCCGUGGUGGAGCAUCAACCUGGGGAUGCGGCCGCUUCCACCGCCUCGCUCCUCUCUGGCUCCCGGGAGGAGGCAGCCGGCGGCUUCCCAAGGAUCCAGCUUCACUCAGUACCUCAGGCCCCUAAAAAAGCGGUUCUUUUUCCUGCUUGUCAGGUUUUAGAAGUGUCCGAGUGGCCUGAACACCGAAGCCACAGCGAUCCCUUGGCCACCAGCGCCUUGGGGGGAGAGCCACAUCUCCCCAAAACGCUUCCCUGGCAGAGCAGCCCACGCGCCGUUUGUGCCGGGAGAGGUGGCGGCUGCCUUCACCCUCCCUCUCCCCAACUCCUUUCGAAACACUUCACCUCCGGGUGCUCAAACCCCGUGGCCUUGAGCCCCAAAACCCUUGGGUGAGGCGAGGGGAGCACUGAGCGCUCCCACACCCCUUCCCAUCCCCGGCAUCCACUCCCCUCCCUGCCCCGAGUCGGCGGGAAGAAGCCACGUAAUGUACAUUUCCAGAGAAGUUUUGGGUGUAAAUCAGUGUAUACUUAGAGAGGGAAAAAUUUUUCUAUCUUGUAGAGUAGGUAUUUUUAUAGAAUGAAGGUCGAUCAUUUUUUUAAUACUUUAAAGAAGAGAGAAAUGUAUCUGUGUAUACACAAAAAGCAUAUAUAUAUAUAUGUAUAAAUAUAUAAAUAUGGGAGAUCUGCCUUUCUCGACUUGGGAUCACGGAUCCCUGGUUCAAACAAUCGUCUUUUUUUUUUUUCCUGUCGCUCACAAAGAGGUACUGUAACUGUAAAUAAGCACCGGGAAAAAAAUAUUAAGCAAACAAAGCACUGACUUGCACAUUCACCAUGCUUUAAAGGCCCUAUGGAAAAGGAAAAGAACCAGCCCAGAAACUGUACUUCCCAAUAAGGUUCCUCUUUCCCCACCGGUAUGUGAAGGAAGUCCCCCGAAAAAAGAGGCAAAAACAGUAUUGUCUUAACUGAUGUAUCAAUUCUUGUUGGAUUAAAAGCUGUUACUAUUA